AUGUCGUAUUGCAACAUUCAUAUUGAGUUAUUAUUGAUUAUUGGAGUAUCAUUGCUGGCUGCUACAGGAUGGAAUGACAUAUCGUGGCAUGAUUCAUCCAUGAUCACCCCGAACCUCCAGAACAUUGCAGAUGAAAGUGUUAUUCUUGAGAAUUUUUAUGUUCAAUCUCUGUGUAGUCCGACUCGAUCUUCACUGAUGACGGGAUAUUAUCCUUCUAAUAUUGGAUCUCAGCAUAAAGUAAUCGACCCCAAUCGUCCACAUGGUCUGCCUCUUGGUCUUACUACAUUACCAGAGAAGCUUAAAGAAACUGGAUAUAUCUCUUAUGCUGUAGGAAAAUGGCACUUGGGUUUCUGUAACAAGGACUACUUACCAACGUCAAGAGGUUUUGAUAAGUUUUUUGGGAUAUAUGGAGGAUGCCACUAUUAUUAUAAUCACAGCAGCUCCGAACAUGGAACAUAUAAACCUGGAUUAUACAGUGGUAUUGAUCUCCAUGAAGAAUCGUCGAACGGUAUUUUCAAACUAAAAGGAGCUGAAUAUGACGGUGUAUAUACAUCCAAUCUGUACCGGAAAAAGAUCGCAGAAUACAUUGCAGAACAUGAUCCACGAAAACCUAUGUUUUUCUACGUCGCACUUCAACAAACUCACUCGCCAGUUAUGGUGGAGAGUGAAUGGUCAAAUCUGUAUCCAAAUGUUCCUGAUUUAGUUCGUCGCAAUUACUCAGGACAAGUGACUUUGAUGGAUACAAUGGUUGGGGAAGUUGUUAACAAACUAAAAGAGAUGGAGAUGUAUGAAGAUUCUCUCAUUAUUUUCCAUUCAGAUAAUGGUGGCGAUGUAAAAACAUAUGCCAGUAACUGGCCUUUGCGAGGAGAUAAAGGUACCUACUUCGAGGGAGGAAUAAAAGCAAUUGCUUUAAUUCACGGCAAAGGUAUACGUAAAACGGGAUACGUUAACAAAGGGUGCGUAGACUAUACUGAACUUUCAUCUGAUCCAUAUGAAGAAGUAAAUAUUGCAGCAAGCCAUCCUAUAAUUGUAAAGCAGCUCAUGGACAAACUUGACAAAUACCGCAAGACUGCUUGGACAUUCUUUCCACCGGCAGACCCAGCUUGCAAUCCUGUUAAUUUUGAGGGAUUCUGGUCUCCGGGUUGGUGCUAA